AGCGGAGUCAGCCCAGUCAACAGAAACUGCCAGCAUGGCAGCAAAGCACCUUUACCGACGGGGCUUUUUAUUACUUUUAUUUAACUUUAUGUCAGCCGCAGCCCUGGAGAGAAGGUUCUCCGACUUCAAGAGAUGUGCCGAUAAUGAGUGCAGCAUGCUUCUGUGUCGGGGAAAAGCUGUGAACGAUUUCUCGGGACCUGAUUGUCGGUUCCUGUCUUUCAAGAAAUCUGAAACUAUCUAUGUAUACUACAAACUGUCAGGAAGGAGGCUUGACUUAUGGGCGGGAAGUGUUGGAAGCCAGUUUGGCUAUUUCCCAAAGGACCUUCUUGCAGUAAACCACAUUUAUACUGAUAAAGAACAUGAAGUUCCAGCAGAGGAAACAGAUUUUGUCUGUUUUGACACUGGAUUUGACAAGUUUAACACUUAUGAUGUAGAUUUGCUCCUUGGCUUGUCAACAGAGAUUGAUAGCGAAAAUAACACAUCUGUCCAAAUCCAAGCAGCAGAGGGAAUACAGGAAGAAUCGGGAAAAGAAGUAGCUGAGAUUGAAAAACAAACUGAUCAUCAUGAGAACUCAGAGGAGCUUCAUAAAGUCCCCGAUGAUCAAAGUGCCUCUUCACCUGAACUUGAACAGUCAGCUGAACCACCUUUAACAAAUGUAAUGGAGUCACCUGAUGCUACAGAAAGAGCAACCGAAGCUGAAGAGGUUAAACAAAAACAUGCACCGGAGUCUGUCCCUGAAAACUUGUCAGAAAGGAGUGAAACCCAAGAUACACCCUCAAAAUCUGACGUGGACUCUGUGCCCAAAGAUGAUUUUGUUUCAGAAAGCGAACCGGUCUCGUCUUCUGAAGGAGUUCAGAUCCCCGAGUUGAAAACUACCAUCGGUUCCACCUUUGAUGCCGUCAUCACCGAUGAAGAAAUCACCAAGAAAGUUACUCCGUAUGCAGACGAGGAGGGCGGUGUAGAUGUGGAAAACCAUCCAGAACAUGCCACAGAUGUUAAAGAGGAAACCCCACUGCUGUCGUUUUCAAAAGAAUCCAUGAGCACUCUGGCGUCUGACUCUCUUAAACAGCCUGAAAGUCCACCAGUGACACCCAAGGAUAAACAAAAGACACCAGAAGAAAAGGACAUGGGGACAUCACUUGGAGAUACUAUAUUUUCAGCUGUCACCGAAGUAGACAUGGCAGGACAAGAAGUGGCUACAGAGGAAGAGGAGGAUGAGCGAGUGCAAAUUCCUAAAUUAGAAACUACCUUCGGGACAACUUUCGAUGCUGUCGUCACUGAUGAAGAAAUCACCAAGAAAGUUAGUCCAUAUGUAGACGAGGAGGGUGGUGUAGAUGUGGAAAACCAUCCAGAACAUGCCACUGAUCUUAAAGAGGAAACCCCACUGCUGUCGUUUUCAAAAGAAUCCAUGAGCACUCUGGCGUCUGACUCUCUUAAACAGCCUGAAAGUCCACCAGUGACACCCAAGGAUAAACAAAAGACACCAGAAGAAAAGGACAUGGGGACAUCACUUGGAGAUACUAUAUUUUCAGCUGUCACCGAAGUAGACAUGGCAGGACAAGAAGUGGCUACAGAGGAAGAGGAGGAUGAGCGAGUGCAAAUUCCUAAAUUAGAAACUACCUUCGGGACAACUUUCGAUGCUGUCGUCACUGAUGAAGAAAUCACCAAGAAAGUUAGUCCAUAUGUAGACGAGGAGGGUGGUGUAGAUGUGGAAAACCAUCCAGAACAUGCCACUGAUCUUAAAGAGGAAACGCCACUGCUGUCGUUUCCAAAAGAAUCCGUGAGCACUCCGGUGUCUGACUCUCUUAAACAGCCUGAAAGUCCACCAGUGACACCCGAGGAUCAACAAAAGACACCAGAAGAGAAGGACAUGGGGACAUCACUUGGAGAUACUAUAUUUUCAGCUGUCACUGGAGUAAACAUGACAGAACAAGAAGUGACUUCAGAGGAAGAGGAAGAUGAUGAUGAGUUAGUGCAAAUCCCUAAGUUAAAAACUACCCUCGGGGCAACUUUUGAUGCUGUCGUCACUGAUGAUGAAAUCACCAAGAAAGUUAGUCCAUAUUCAGAGGAGGACAGUGAAGAUGUGGAAGAUCAUCCCAAAGAGAAUACUAAUAUUAAAGAGGAAACUCCACUACUACCUUUUUCAGAAGAAUUUGUCACCACUACAGUGUCUGACUCUCUUAAACAGCCUGAAAGUCCACCAGCAGUACCUGAGGCUAAACCAGUGACAGCAGAGGAGAAGAACAUGUGGACAUCAAUUGGGGAUGCUGUGUUUUCAGCUGUCACUGGAGUAGACAUGGCAGCACAAGAAGUGAAUUCAGAAGAAGAUGAGGAGGAGGAGGAAGAGGAAGAGGAGGAUGAGGAUCAAGAAGAGGAGGAUCAACAAGAAGAGGCUGCAGAAACCCAUGAUGAAUCACCCUCAGUAGAAUCCCCAAAGGACCUAAAGAACAUAGAGCCAGUUCUUCAAGAUCCUCCUAAUUUGACUUCUGAUCAUGUGAAAGAAAACACCAGUGACUCAGAGAAACUUUUGUUUGAUAAUAAUGAGAAUGAUGGAGUAGUGAUUGGGCAUAAUGAAGCUCAGGAUGAAACCAAAAACACAGCAGAUGAUCCAAUACAGCAUCAAACGGAGGAGACUGUAAUGUCCACGGAUCCAGUGUCCCAAGAUAAUAAUUUAGACAACCGUGAUGCUGAACUAACACAUAUAAAACACACAUAUGAAGCCACUGAGGACAAAGAUGAGCAGGAGCUUCCCAAGGAUUCAGAGGUCACUGAGGAUACGGCAGCUGUACCAGACAGUAUUGUUGCAGUAGAGCAGGAUUUAGAUGAUGCAUUGGAUGAAAAGGAACAUGUGACAGAAAGUGAAAAACACCUCAACCUUUCCACUGAAGAGAAGAAAUCCAAUGAUUCAGACCUCAAAGAUGAUGAAAAUGUAGUAAACGACAGCCCGCCUGGUCAGAUAUCUGACCAUUUAAUCACAGAUUUAGGAAAUAAUAACAGUCAAGCAGAAUUACCUGCUGAGGAGACAGAGACUCAUGAGGAACCAGAUACAGGGGAGGAAGAGAGCAAUGAAGAAGAGUUGCUCGAAGAUGAAAAUGCGUUUUUGUUCUCGCAGUCAGACAAACCCUUCCCUGAAACAAGUCCACCCACCGUUUCACCUCCAGAGCCAGAAUACAGCGACAGCAUAAUGAGACUGACUCUGCUGAGGGAUCACUUCACAGAGGAGAAGAUGGUGCAGGCCCAGAAGCUUCUGGGUCUAAAUAAUCUUUUCAAGCUGGAGACCAUGUUCACUGAUCUGGAUACAGAGUUUCAGGCUACCCGUCAGUCACAUAUAGGCAGUACACAGGAAAUUGAAAAUGCACUCGAGGGCAUCCUGGAAACCUCUGAGAACACUAUCUUGGAUGAGAUUGAGAAGAUGCUUGAGAGCCAUAACACUAAUCAAGACUACAAUCAGCAUAUGGGCACGAGUAAUUUGGACGAGGAAACUGAAAUACUGGAUGACUUUCAGGAGCUGGCUUUCAGCCUACGACAAAAAUAUUCAACAGCCAGUGACAGCACGCUUUUAACACCAAAAAUACCAUCAGACACUGACAAAGAUGAACAUGAAUUAAAUGUUAAAGAAGAUGCACCACACACUGUUGAAUUUGACAAAAUCCCCGAGGCCGAGAGCAAUGACAACCCGACAGUAACGGAUCCUGAAGAAAAGCCAGCUGAGGUUGAAGAGGAGCAGCUGGUUUUGGAUGAGGCGCCGAGUAGACCGGAUGUUAGCGUGGAGGAAGAUGGUGGACACUUUAAUAAAAACAAAGACAGUCCGCAGAGCUUCAGCACAGCUGAUGAGAUGCAGAAGGUGCCUCAAGCCACACACGAAAAUGGCUUUGAUGUGGGCCUUGGUGUUGAGGUUGAGAAUUCACCCUCAGGGUCUAUGGACUCAGUGGAACCCGUGUCUGAAAUGCAAGAAGAAGAAAUGGGAUUAUUCUCAACAGGAUUUGUUUACACGGGCUGCAUCCUUGCAAUGAUGACGAGUAAAACUGCAGAGUGGACCACUGUGAUCAUUUCAUUGCUGCCUGAAGAGUGGAAGCCAGGAGAAACUUUGUUGGGCUGUCCUUGGCAAGCUGUUGUCAUCACUGCUUUGGUUGGAGUAAUGACCUUCACCCUCUUCUUCUGGAGGACUGUGCUGGCGGUAAAGAAGAGAGAAUACCUUGUGGAUGAAAAAAAGCUCACAGAACAAAUCCAGGCACACAAAAAGGAAAAAGACGAAGCUCUCGCCAAAAUGGCUGAACUCCAAAAACAGGCUGAACAACUGAAACAAAAUCAAAAACAGUCAACAGAAAGCGUUAGCUGUGCAAUGAAAAGGAUGCAAGAGUUAGAGAGUAAAGUUUUGGAGGCAGAAACAUUGAAUAAACAGAUGUGCGAGGAAAAGGACAAAUAUGCACAGCUACUGGGGGAAGAACGGGCAAACACUUUCCAAAAUGAAACCAGGAUUGAGAAAUUAGAGAAGUUAAACGAGAAGCUACUGCUCAACAGGAAAAAGAUUCAGGAAGCGCUCACUAAAACUACUAUUCUCCUCGAUGAGGCCAAGAUUCGUGAAGAUGCCCGAAACGUUCAACACAAAUGUCUAGAGAAAGAGUUUGCUGCAUUAAAGGAAGAGAACAAAACACUCAAAGCCACCAUUAAAGGCUGGGAGGAAAAACACACGGAGCUCAACGAGAAGAUUAAAGUCUAUCAAAAGUCCCAGAAAGAGCUGGAGGACUCUGUAGUGCUCAAAGAUCACAAUGUUGAGGUGCUGUCUGAACUUCUGUCUGACCUGGAAGCUUGUGAUUUACAAAAAAGUGACACCAAAGUUUUAGCCAAUGGGGAAGUAGCACCUGUGGCUCUUACGGACAAGAAGACAGUCAUAAAGAACAGAAUCAAACAGAUGAUGGAUAUUUCUAGGGUUCAGACCACUCUUACUGUCGUUGAAGAAGAGCGGGAUCGCUUCAUGACAAAACUACUGAAUGAAGAAAAGUCUAGGAAGGCACUGGAAGAGCAACACCAGGAGCUUGAACAUGCAAUCUCAACCCUGAAAAGCGAGAAGAGCCAUGUUGAAAACCAGUUCAAGAUCCUCCAGCAGAAAAAUGAAAUCAUGGUCGAAAUGUAUCAGCAGAAGGAAAACGCUCUGCAGCAGAGAUUAACGAAAGAGGAGCUGGAGCGACGCAGCAAAGAGAAUCUGCUCUCUGAGGUUGGAGGGAAAGCUCUUGAAGCUGAAGAGCAGGUUAAAAUCUUAAGGCAGCGCAUUAAUGAAAUGGAGGAGCAGAUGAAGAAGACUGAGGAAGUCUACAAAGAACAGAUCAAAGAGCAGGAAAACAAAACUCACUCAAACUGGGUGAACGCUCGUAAUGCAGAGCGAGCUCUAAAUCAAGAGAAGCUCGAAUCAUCGAAGCUUCGUGAAAAAUUGGCUGUACUUACCUCUCAGCUCAAUGAGCGCCGUGCUCCUCUCUUCAGGCCAAACUCUGGUCAGCCUGCAGGCCCUCGCCAAGGUGACUCAUACGGGCCCUCUCCCGUGAGUGGGGGUGCACCAUCCCCACCUAUAAUGAUUGAGGGUCCCAGGCGUCCUCCUUCUGCACCAAUUGCACGAAGAAUUGAUCCGUAUGGUCCUCGACCUCCAUCAGAUCCUCAUGGUCGUUACGUUGAAAAACACAUCUCUGGGAUAGACCUGAUGGGCCCACGCAGCUCAUCUCCAGCCAACUUGGAUGCAUCUACACAAGCAAUAGAUCCACAGAUAAAAACAGAGACUCAGGCUGAGGUCUCCACAGAGAGUCCAGAGGCAGGCCCAGGAUCCUUCAUAGCAUCACCAAUCAGGGAUUCACCUGGACCCAUGGUCCAUGGACUUCCACCUGGUCCUGGACCCCACGACCCAGUGCUCCCUCCUGGACCCCCUGUUCGUCUGCCGCCACCCAUACCCUACAGACAGCCACGACCUGGCCCUUACCACCUCCCACCUGGUCCCCCUCCUCUUCAAGGUCCUCCCCUACCAGCUAAUGGACACCCAGGUAUGCCCCUGCCUGGACAAAUGGGAGGAGAGUUUGGACCCGCCAAUGGACUUGCAAUUCCCCCCAGGCCAGGCCCCGGCCCAGUUAUUGAUCCUCGGGGUCUACCCCCACCACACUUCCGUCCCCCUCCGCCUCAUCACUUUGGACCAAUGCCUCCUCCACAGGGUGUCCGCGGCCCCAUGGGACCACGUCCACCCGUCCCUCCUGACAUGCGCUUCCCAGGACCACGUGACUUCCCCCUAGGUGCCCCAUCUCACCCUGGUAAUGCUUAUGGCCAGCCUGCACCUGAUGCCCUCCAGAACUCAGUAGGCGCUCAGAGCGUCCCCAGACAGGACCUGCACGUGAAGCAGGAGGCCCCUCAGGACUCAGCCAGGCCAACGAUGGUCAAGCCUUAAAAAUGCCACCAGCUACGGCAGAGGACUCGGGCACCCCAUUACCUAAACCUAUCACAAUAACAACCCAGAUCCAGUCCAAACAAAGAUCCUGAUUAUUUUCAUAUUUCUGUUCAGAUGAAGAUGUUUUCUUACAGCUAGGCCCGUAGAUUAAAGAAUGAUGAAUUAUGUCUGAAAUGUGAGUUGAAAGGGUUGCCACUUUUCUAAACAGCCUCUUGUGCAAUAACACUUCAUUUUAUGCCAGAUUUUCAUUUGUGUUGAUCUUUAAGGAAACUAUAUAGCUAUAAUUUUUAAAGUGGCAGAUUUUUUUAAUGUCAUUUCCUGUGGAAAUUAUUUUUUAAAUGGAGAAACAGGAGGUAGGUUUAGCUUCUAGCAUUUCAGGAAUACCAUGAUUUUUCCCAAAGCUCUUGCUUUAAUACAAACUUCAAAGCAAAUGUGUAAUUUGACGGCCAGAUGUAUAACUUAUUUUACUAUGUUGGUAGAACUUUUAUUAAUAAAGAAUAUAAAAGCUG